GAUCAACUUCUCGACAGCCGAAUUAUAAGACUCCGCGCGGACUCCUCUCAAGCAUGCGCCACUGUCGCCCGACGCUUGAUUAGACGUUCGCGCAUCCACAUAUUCGCCAUGCCACGCGCAACAAGAAAACGGGCGUCGCAACCCGAUCCUGAGCCAGAAGCUGAAGUAGAGGUCGAGGAGCAGCAGGAAGAGCAGGAAGAGCCGCAGGCACAAGAUGCGAUGGACGUCGACGAGGAUGGAGAAGAGGAAGAGGAGGGCGGCGAUGCGCUGCAGAACGAUGAGCCGCUGACUUGGAAAGCUGGCAAGCCCAUUGCUGUUGCGACUCUGUUACAGCGACUCAAGGCAUUGGCUACGGAACUCCGACAUCUGGAACAAGGCGACUGUGCGCGAGCGUCAUUGGAACCGAAGGCGAAGGAAUUGUCGAGUCCACUACUUCUCGGCCACAAAGAUUAUGGCGUCCAGGUUUACACUCUCCAAUGCAUUGUGGAAAUGUUCAGACUGCUGGCUCCGGACGCACCCUACAAAGCAAGUCAGUUGAAGCAAAUCUUCAAUUUCGUAAUUUCAACAGUCGUCCCUGCUAUCGCGGAUCCCUCUCAUACGUACAAUGCGCAGCACCUGGCCAUCAUCACGUCUCUUGCGACUGUGAAGAGUAUAGUUCUGGUCCAGGACCUGCCAGGCGCAGACCAGAUGCAGAAGAUCCUGUUCACUCACUGCUUCGAUGUGCUGGCCCUCAACGUCCCCGGUGGCGAUAAAGAGCUGCUGUCGAAGAAUGUUGAGUUCAACUUCACGAGUCUACUUUGCGCCCUGGUGGACGAGGCUCAGACUGUACCUCUCGAGAUCAUCGAGGUCAUUCUCGCUCAAUUCCUACGGGCGGACCCUCACGCUGUUACAAAGAAAGGCGAGACACGCUUCUCAGAGGUGCUCAAGGAGGUAUCUCCUGCAUACAAUAUGGCCAGGUCUAUUUGCAAUACGUGUGAGGAGAAGAUGAUCCGUCACAUUGGCCAGUGGUUCCAGGCCGUUCUGAUCGACGCGAAUGACGCAGCCGCGGAGUCCAAGCCAACGAAAGCAAAAGGCAAGAAGCGAACACAUGAUGAUAGCGACGACGAGUCAGAUGCUGCCUUGGUUGCGCCUUCAGCAGACGAUCUCCAAGAGGCUGAGAAGGCACAUCGCUUACUACGAGAGCUGUGGAGGGCAUGUCCUGGAGUUAUCCAAAAUGUUUUGGCGCAGAUCGAGAGCGAACUCAAUACGGAAAAUACCUCGUUGCGUCUCAUGGGAGUCGCUGGUGUCGGCGACAUGAUUGCUGGCAUUGGUGCAGCCGGACCUCCGCCGCCUGCGGCGCUCGAUCCUGCAGCAUAUCCAUCGCAAAGCUUGGCUGACUACUCUCCGCCCGCGCAACAGAACGUCGUUUUGAUCCCGGCAGCGCCGCAGGCAUUCUCAUCAACCUAUCCGACCACCUAUCAAACGUUUGUCGAUCGCCAUCGCGACAAAUCUGGGCAGGUCAGAGCCGCGUGGGUGACCGCGUGCGCUCGAAUAAUCCUGACUUCAGCAGGUGGCAAGGGCUUGGAUUCAGAUCAGGAAACACAGCUUCUACGGAUAUUCUCGGACUUGCUGACUGACAACGACGAGAAGGUCCGCCUUGCGGCCGUCACCGCAGUGUCCACGUUUGACUAUCAAUCAAUCGUGCAAAAGCUCGGCAGUCAUGGAGGUGCCGGCCAGGAUGGUUCCGUGCUCUUUCAGUUGACUGCGCGUAUUAAAGACCCAAAGCCUCACGUCUCCACGACUGCCCUCGAACUUCUGGGCAAGCUUUGGGGAGUCGCUUCAGGGGCGAUCAUCGAAGGUAAUGAACGAGCCCGAACUUUGUUCGGCCCCAUACCCAGCAAUAUCCUCAAUGCCGUGUACAUAAAUCAGCCGGUCUUGAAUGCGCUCAUCUCGAAAGCCAUCUUCGAUUCUUUGCUGCCGAUCAGCUACCCUCCUAUCAAGACCAAGUCGAGUGGGAAUGGAGACUCUCAGCGAGUGCCCGACAGUCAAAACAGCCAGGCAAGAGGACUAGACCCUGAUCGUAUCCGUAGCGAGCGGAUACUGGCUUUGAUCCGCGAUCUCGACGAAAAGGCCAAGAAAGCUUUCUUCGGCAUGCAAGGGCUCCAGGUGUCACAAGCAAAAUAUGUGUCAAUCAUCCUAGAUCUGAGUGAGAAGCUGGGCGGCGAUAUCAAGAGCAAUAAAGAGGAUGCCCAGAAGCUACAGAAAUUCGUUGCAGCUAUUGCGGACAGAUUCCCGGACAAAGUCGUAGCCAAAAAUCACCUCACCGCUUUCUUCGGCCAUCACGAUCGUCGGAAUUUCGCACUGGUCAAAAUGGCCAUCAGUGCUGAGAGCGACUACAAGAAGAGCCGCAACGCAAUAGCGGAGGUUCUCAAGCGACUUGAGGGUGCCUCGCCUAACAUUGCCAGCGCGGCAGAGACGAUGGAGCCACUUUUGCGGUCCACUGCUGUUCUGGUCUAUAAUAGAAGCCAUGUGCCUGCGAUUGUCUCAAUUUCUCGCACAGAUGACAAUGGACUGGGCAGCGCGGCGCAUGAGGUGCUGAAGCAUAUCUCUACGCAGGCGCCACUGGUGUUUGAGGUACACAUCAAGGAAUUGUGCGAGACCCUCAGGAAGCAAGCCCCUUCUGCAACGUCGCCCAACGAUAUCAACGCAGUGGACACGCUCAAGGCAUGCGCUGGGUUCUCAAGGCAAUUUCCUGAAAAGAUGCCAAAGGACCGAGAUUUCUUCCAGGCCAUGGCGAAGUUCGCAAAAUUCGGUUCCCCUCCAUCGGUUGCGAAGCAUGCUGUCACAGUUAUUGUUGCGGCGGCAGAUAAGAAGGACAUGUAUGUUAACGACAUCAUGAAGCACUGCCUGAAGAAUUUCGAUGUCGGCCACGAGAAUGCCGCUACAAAGCUUGCUGCGAUCAGUCAGCUGCAGCGGCUAGCCUAUGUGCAAACAGAAGAUCAUGCAGACGCCAUCCACGAGAUCCUUACGGGUGCGCUGCGCAAUCGACAUGCAGCAGAGGAGACUGACACAUCGUGGACGGCUGACAUCGACUCUGAUUUGAACGUCAAGCUCUGGGCCCUCAAGGCCGUGGUCAACGAUAUCAGUGGUCAGCUGCCUGAUUUAGAUCACACUUCACUCGACAAAGAGCUACAAGACGCUGUCUUGAGGACGUUCAAAGUACUGAACACAAUCAUCGAGCGAGAUGGUGAGCUGGCGGGCGAGCCUUCUCCGGAGAACCACAAAGCACGUAUGCGGCUGAGUGCAGGAAAGCUGAUACUCAAACUCUGCUGCAACAAGCACAUCAACAAGAUCUUUGCUGCUCGAGACUUCAACCGACUAACGAAAAUUGCCCAAGAUCCCCUACCCGAAGUUCGCAAAGGAUUCGUUACCACGCUGAAGAAGUACACGGGCAUGCAGAAACCACUUCAUCAUCGCUUCUUCAGCUUGAUGUUCUUGUACGCAUUCGAGCCGACGAAGGCUGUAAGAGAAUCUACUGCAACGUUUCUCAAAGCCCGUGCUGCUUUCUAUGCAAAGGAGGAAGUGCCAGUCCUGGAAAAUGUGUUCCCGUACUUCAUGAGUCUGUUGGCACAUCACCAAGACUUCUCGCUUGCUGAAAAGGACAUCUCCGACUUCAUUGAGUACAUUCUCUUCUAUCUCAAGGCUGUGGCGACUGAGCAGAACCUCUCAGAUAUUUACGCUUAUGCCCAGCGCGCCAGAAGCUUCCAAGACGCUAUCGAGCCUGAGAAGAGCGAGCUACUCUGGACUAUGGCUGAUCUCGCUGAGGCUAUCAUGCGUGCAUACGAAAGUGCCAAGGGCUGGUCACUUCAGCUGAAGCCCAGCAAGCCGGCGAUGCCGAGUAGCGUAUACCGACAAAUCCGUGAUCAGGACUUUGCAGAUGAAGUCUCGCACAAACGUUUCCUGCCAGUUGAGAUCGAUGAGCAGAUGGAUGACUUGGUUCGGGAUCGACUACGGCCCAAGAAGAGGAAGCAUGUCGAUGGCGACUCGAAGCGACCAGCGAAGAAGAUCCGAGCAUCCAACGGCGACGAGAAGGCUGUGCGCAAGAAGAAGGUUCCAAAGGCACCGAAAGCGCCAAAGCCAGCAAAGACGCCGAAGAAGAGAGCAAGUGAUGCCGUACCCUCUUCCGCAAUGCGCAAGAGCACACGAGUCUCGAAUGCGCGGAGCUACGCCGACAUCAGUGAUAGCGAAGAUGAUGAUCCGGACAAUGUGGCUUCCUGGCGGUACGAGGAUGAGAGCUCAGAUGAAGAGGGUAACAAAGAGAAUGUUGGCUCAUCAACCCCACCCACCAGCGAUCCCACGGGCCCUAAGAGUCACGCCGAGGAUAGCCGCGGGCACGAAGAUGACGAAGAAGAAGAAGAAAUCGAGGUCGAGGAAGGAGGCGAGGAAGUCGUGGUCGCCAAGCCAGCAGCAAAGACCAAUGGCAAGAAACCGACAGCGAAAGUCAAGGAUAGCACUUCGAAAGCGCGCGAGUCGAAGAAAGCAACGCAAAAGAAAGCGACGGCCACGAAGGAGUUACCAGCUCGUGGAGGUCGGUCAUCCGCAAGGACUGCAAGCAAGAAGAAGGAUGUUAUGGACGUUCCGAGUGAUAGUGAUGAAGACAGCGCUAUGGAGGCAUAGGUACGGUCUACAAUCCGAGGCAAGAGUUACGGAACCAUCACCGCAGCUGUGCGAUGUCGAUGGGCCGUUUGUAAAGUGUGGAUAAUACCCAACGAGUGCAAGGUGGCAUGGCUACAUACUGCAUCACGUUUGCUAAUAGCUUAUUGGUGUACAGCGUACGAGCGUGAGCGUAGAUCACGAAUGAUAUUCUUCCCAAC